ACCAUAAACCACAGAAGAAGAAGAAAAGGGUCUAAUAGGAGGAGGAGGUGAGAAAUCAAUGCAAGAUGCAGUCUGCAAACAUCUGCGGCAGGAUGGGUCGCAGUGAGGAGCUCAGUGACUUCCAGCGGGGCACCGUGGUGGGCUGUCACCUGUGUAAAAAGUCUGUCCGUGAGAUUUCCGCCCUGCUGAACCUUCCUCGGUCCACGGUGAGCGCUGUCAUCCUCAAGUGGAAACGUGGAGGAAUAACCACGGCUCUGCCCCGGAGCGGCCGCCCGCACAAGCUCAAAGAGGAGGACCGUCAAGUGCUGGAGAAAGUAGCGCUGGAGAACUGUCUGCCCUCCGUGGAGGCUCUCACCGCCGAGUUUCAGACCGCCUCCGGGGCCACUGUGAGCCCCAGGACUGUCCGCCGGGAGCUGCAUGAGAUGGGCUUCCGUGGCCGAGUGUCCACGUACAACAAGCCCAAAGCAGGGGAGAAAGCAGAGAAGAAGCAGGCAGCCACGAGCCAAGAGGAGGCCAAGGUGGACGUGUCUUGUCUGGACCUGCGUGUUGGAUGUAUAAUCACAGCUCUGCAGCUUCCAGAGGCCGACAGUCUGUAUGUGGGGCAGGUCGAUGUUGGGGAGGCUUCUCCCAGGACAGUGGUCAGCGAGCUCGCGAAGCACAUACCUCUAGACCAGAUGCAGAACCGCAUGGCAGUCCUGCUGUGUAACCUGAAGCCAGCCAAGACAAGAGGAGUUGUGUCGCAGGCUAUGAUCGUGUGCGCCAGCUCAGCAGACAGGGUUGAAAUCCUUGAACCUCCAAAUGGAGCAGCACCAGGGGACAGAGUUACUGUCCAGGGCUUCACAGGUGAACCAGACAAAGAGCUGAACCCCAAAAAGAAGGCAUGGGAGCAGAUUCAGCCAGACCUACGCACGGACAGCCAGUGUGUUGCAACCUACAAGGGGGCUGCCUUUGAAGUCGACGGGAAGGGAGUGUGCAAAGCCCAAACGAUGAGUGACAGUGAAAUCAAAUAAACUAACAGAGCUGCUUGAAAUAGCUCAGUGCAAUUCCCUGCUGCCGGACAGGAUCCCAAGUGUUGUGGAGAGCUUUCCCAGAAGAGGGGAGGCCGCUGUAGCAGCAUAUCAAUGCCCUCAGUUUUGGAACGACAUGUCCAACAAUCACAUGGGUGUUAUGUUUGAGUAUUCACAUACUUUUGUCCUGUGAGGAAGGACAGUGAUAGUGAAGAGUGUGUCGCCCUCUGUUGGACAGACAUUGAACAUUACUGUUAUGUUUUUAUUAUGAAAAUCUGAAGUUUGGUUUUCGGCCACUGGAGGGCACUACAGUACCCAUGAUAAUGUACAGUAUGUGUGUGGUGAGUUUGUGAGAACAUAGAGCACACAGUCAUACCCAGCAUGGCGAAAAGAAAACAGAAAUUCUUGCAAAGAAUCCCUUUUAGUCGGGGAAUAUCUGAUAAAAUGUAAAAGCUUUCCCCUGACGCCACAGAGGUCAUUUCCACUGAACUGUGGAUGAAACUCAACGGGGCAGAAGUCCCUUUGAAAGGGAGUUAAACAGUUACACUUUCUUUUGAUAGUAUGGAAAUUAGUUGGAAAUGAGCAGGGAAAUUACUUUAGUUUUAUCUAAAUACGCUUUGCAGGAACUCCAUAAGGGCAGUUCUUUGAGCUCCAUCAUUUUAAGUCUGAUGUUGGCACAUGAUAGAAAAAGUUCAGUGUGUUAUAUUUCAGCACAAAUAAGCUGUGGGAAAUGGAGGCAUUUAUUUAAGGCUGGGCGACAUGGAGAAAAUCUAAUAUUACAAUAUUUUGACUAAAUACUUUGAUAAAGGUAUCGUGACAAUAUUGUAGGGUUGACUAUAGGUGCUUUUACAAAAUAUUUACACAGUGAGACUUUAGAUGAAUCACCAGUAAUGUGAAUAUAAUGACUGAGUGGGUAAAGGCCAGAGGUGUGGAGCCGAGUCACAUGACUUGAUUCAAAAAUUUGGUGACUUUAGACUUGACAAAAUAAAAAAAUACUUGCAACUCAACUUGGACUUUAACACCAGUGACUUGGACUUGAGCUUCUCACUUGAAAAUACACGAUACCUUCCCCCAAGCUAAAAGAUUAAAAAGUAUGCUAUUUAAAAAGUGCGCCACUAAUCAACUUAUUUCCUGAAGCAGCUAAUAUUGAGGCUACUCAUUCCCAGUAUGUCGACUCUUAAUUCUCCAGAUCUGCUUUGAACCAAUGUGACAUCAUCGAAUCAAGUCGCAGGAGAGAACAUGAAGAACUAAUGGGACAGUUGGAAAAAAUUAGACCAGGUAUAAGUUCAUUUAUUUAUUUCAUUUAUGUAUGUAUUUCAUUUAUCUAUGCGGUAUGCAAAACGUGCAGGUUGAAAAUGAUGGAUGGAGAUGCAACAACCGCAAAGUAAAAAAACAAGUCAGUCUGCACACCACAUAGCUCCUGUUCAGAAGGAUUUUAAUGCAGUGACAUUUCGAGCCACACAGCUUUUCCUCAGACUUCUGUCUAGUGUGCGGACAUAUAUGUUUUUUACUUUGCCAGACAUUUCUUUAGUCCAGGACCGAUUCCAUUGGACGUUGUGUGCGUGUCUUUUGUAUGGUUUUUGGAGAUGCAACAACUUCCAAGAAACUUGUUUUAACAAAUAAGAACAAGGUUUAAAAAGCAGUCAUGAUUUUUGAAAAUCUGUUAUUACUCUUGUUAAAAUGGCAUUACAUUUGGUGAGAAGCACAUUAUGACGUGUUCAGGACUCGAAACUUAAUGUUUAGCGCUUGGAACUUGACUUGGAACUUGUCAGUCUUGACUGGGGACUUGAGUACAAAAACUUGAGACUUACUUGUGAAAACAAUGACUACCAAAAGCAAACAAUAGAACAGCUAGAACAGUCUGGUAAGUUCUUUUUAAAACCAGGAAAAGAGAACACUUACAAUGCCAUGAUAUCCAAAAUCAAAGAUAAUAUCUAGUCUCAUAUUCUGAUAUUGAUAUAAUUAUCAAUAUACUGCCAAGCCUUAGAUGUAUCUGACCUAGAGCACAUUAUAGUUGACAUCCACAUCCCUUUUCAAUAUGUAGUUACACAAUAAUCCUACUAAACUGAUGUGAAUCAAUGAUUUGGAUGUGGACACAGAUGUUUGUUAUUAACUGUAUCCUCAGCCAUAAUGUUUUGUAUCUAUCCUGUUAUAGUGUACAUUGUUACUCAGCUCUUUAGAUAUUGUAACAGCUCAGUUAAACCUUAGUUUUUAUACGUCCUAUUUCACGUUUGUGUCUAUUGAUAUUAAGCCCAUUUAUAAUGUAAAGGGCACAAAAAUAAACCAAUGUGUUUUGGUUUUUAAAACAAACUGUUUUUGUUUUUUUUUUCCCCUACAACUCAAAGCAAGUCCAUGAAAAGACCAACACGCAAACUUCUCAUUCCCUCAUUGUAAAGGGAGAAGUGAAAUAAUGCAUGUAAAGAAGGGGGAUGUGAUUCAGGAACUAAAAAGUGGAACAGAUUGUCCGAGACACGAUGUUGUUGGUAAUUGUUUGCCAGAGAAUGAGGACGCUGAGAGGGAAUGUUAUCAACCUUGUUAUGUACCAUACCAUACCAACUUUAUUUAUGAAGCACUUUAAAAACCCAAUGGACCAAAGUGCUGUCAUUUUCAUUUCACAGACUGGAGAAGGACAUCUUCUUUUCCCAGAAGGAAACCUAUAAAAAGGAGGAUGUAUUAGUUCUACUAUGGAAAUUCUUAAUGGUAUUAAUCCUACUGACUAUGUAUUCUCUUAAACACUACAGCUUUUCUAAAGCUGUUUUUGAAAGUAAGUAAACCAGAAAGGCUAAACGGUGUUUUUCAUCUCACACUCCAGUGUGUGUUGACUAAUAGUACAGGCUUACAUUUAUAAAACCACUUAUUAAAGGUCAUGAAGUGUUAAUAUUAAUGUCACAUCACCCCCCACCCACCCACCGACACUAUCUGCUCAUGUAGAAACCAACAGAGGAAACCACACUGGAGUUAGUGGAGGUACUGUAAAGGUUCACCAUUCACUUCUGUCUCCCUAUCUGCAGUAACAAACUCAUGUGGUAGAGUCAGCCCCUGCAACUCUGCUGCACUCUGUUGACUCUGUGUGGUUUACCAAGGGGGGGAAAGUUUGUAAACAACAACCCGAGGCCACGUUUCGGUUGAGCUGAGUCAACCUGUGAAUAAAACGCUGCUCCCCCUCCUCCUGCAUCCUGUUUUUUAUG